GACGGGAUCAAACUCGGUUGUGCAACUUCCCAGUUUUUCGGCUCUACGUGUAAAAACAAAACUUAGGGAAAGCUGCAGGAGUUGGAGAAGUGAACCCUAGACUGAGCCCUCCCUUUUUUUUGGCUAGCACUUUAAAAAGGUUUCUGACUUUGCAAGGGGAAACACACUUCAGGACGACGAGGAGGAGAAGAGUCCUGACCCUGGUGUUUAAAAAUGCUCAGACAUCGAAACUUAUUCAGUCUGUGGCUUCUGCUACUUCUCCAUGAGUCUGGAAGGGCAGCCACAUUUAAACUGUUCGGAAGACCCUUUGAGCCGCAGAGCGGUGACGUGAAGGAGGGUGAUUUGCGGCUGUUUGGCUCACAGAGUGCUUCAGAGGGCCGCGUGGAGGUCUACCACAAUGGGAAAUGGGGAACAGUCUGUGACGACGACUGGGACAUGGCUGAGGCCCAGGUGGUGUGUCGUCAGCUCAAAUUCCCCGGGGCAAAAUCUGUUGUCAUUGGGAAGGACUACGGACCAGCAUCUGGACCCAUUUGGCUGGAUGAUCUCCACUGCAAAGGCACAGAGAACUAUCUGUCCACAUGUUCUUUCAAAGGCUGGGGACUGACCGACUGCUCCCACAAAGAGGAUGUCGGAGUUAUUUGUGAAACAGAUGUGAUUCCAGGCACUAAUACGACCAUCGAUGAUUCUGCACACCAGCUGGACCACAGCAUCAGUUUGUCUGAUGAGCUCGGCCAAAUCUUUGACAGCGGGAGCGGCUGUGAUUUCCUGAUCUCGGUCCAGAGUGCUACUGGAAACAGAAAAGAGGAUGGGACCCUGGAGAUGGCUGAGACAGAAAUGUGCACGCACAAAAUAAUCCUCUUGCAGUUUCCUUUCUUCAACGCUUCAGUUGAGAGCACGAGUAUUACAGUCAGCAUCAGCCAGUCUUGCAAACCAUAUUUUAGCUCCCUCAUCAGGUACAUUUACACCCGUAAGAUCGAUGUGACCUUUACCUCCGCGCAAUGCAUCCACUGGAUGGCUUCCAGGUUUGGGAUGAAGCAGCUGAUGGAGGACACAGGCCGACUGUUCACUAAGAUCCUCCCAGAAGACGCCUCUUUCCAAACCCAACUGUCCCUUUACGAAUAUGCAGAGGAGACUGGAGACUUGGUGCUCCAGGAGAACUGUAUCCAGUAUCUGGCCUGGAACUACCAAAGUCUGACCACGUCCCCUGCUUGGAAAAUCCUCUCCGUUAAGCUUCUUGGAGCCAUUCUAUCCCGCUCAGACCUGGUGGUGCAAGAUGAAUACUUCCUGCUUCAGACUGUCCAGAGCUGGAUCAAAGAGAAGGGCAACUCCACCACCUCAGAAGCCCAACUUGACCUGUUGAAUUGCAUCCGAUUCCCGAUGAUUCCUGCAGAGAAACUUUACGACCUGGAGCUUCACUCUUCCCUCGACAGCACCUUUACAAAUAUGUAUCGGGAUAACAUGUUGAAAGCAUUCCAGUUUAAUGUUCUCCUCUUAAGCACACUUCAGUCCAACCCGACGUUUAAAGAAGAUGAAGAUUACAAACCCAGGAUCUACACCUCUGAGGCAUGGAGCACAUCGUUUGAUCGAUCAGAUCCAGUCCCAACCCGUUACCCACCUAAUUACAGAAAUAUGAGAUAUAUGAGUUAUGAAAAUUAUUAUUAUUAUCCCACUCCCAGCCCAUACGGUCAAAGCAGCGCGUCCUUCACCACAUCUGUCCACUACAGCCUGAUCUUCAACGACACCAGGGUCAGCUGGCAGGCAAAUGUCUUCAAGAAGCAGCGUGAGUGUUCAAACCAAGGUCUGAGAUGUGCGUCGUUCCCUGCAGCACGGCUGGUUAUCCGUAACUACUACAACCAGAAGAGCAACAACAUCCUGUUCCGUAACCGGCUCCUGCUGAAGUGCCAAGACAAGUAUAUCUGUCAGGUUCAGGACUUCAAGGAGGAUAUGGCUUAUAUCAAUGCGAAUGGAACCCAGAAUGCCUAUCCGUGUCCUAAAGACGAGUACACCUACCACUUUGUAGUGAGACCAGAGUACGUCUGACCAAUAACAGGGCAUGAAUGAAUACGUCCCACAUCUGAUCGAUUUGUGUGUUGAUAACUCAAUAGAUUACAAUGAUACUACAUUAUAACCCUUGUGAUUCUCUUUUUCUAGCAUAACAAAGCAUAGGAUGUACACCUGCUCUUAUGUUUUGAUUUUGUGCUCAUUUUACUGUAUUUCAUUACCCAAAUGUGGGACAGGAGAUAUCCAACGAUCCAAAUCAAUACAGAGUACAAUACCCUAACUGAAUACAGGGUGUGCCAUUGUAGAAAUGGGUACCUUUUUUCAGGGUAGUAUAUACAUAUCCUGGGUGUGAUUUAGUUCUGUGGUUCUCAACUGGUGGAUGGUGGAUCCGUUUUCAGUGGGUUGUGAUUUGUCGUUCUGGAAGUGGUGGUGGGUUCUGAGGCUAGACCAGUUGGGUACCACUGUAUUAAUUCGUAUGUAUGUAUUCUCUGCUGCUUUUGUAAAAAUGACAAUCAAUAAAACAAAUUAUUUCCAGCUCUA